AUGGCCUCAGGUGCCAUCCCCACGGCAGUGAAGAUUGGAAUAAUUGGUGGAACAGGCCUGGAUGAUCCAGAAAUCUUAGAAGGAAGAACUGAAAAAUAUGUGGAUACUCCAUUUGGCAAGCCUUCUGAUGCCUUAAUUUUGGGGAAGAUCAAGAAUGUCGAUUGCGUCCUCCUUGCAAGGCAUGGGAGACAGCAUACCAUCAUGCCUUCAAAAGUCAACUACCAGGCGAACAUCUGGGCUCUGAAGGAGGAGGGCUGUACACACGUCAUCGUGACCACAGCUUGUGGCUCAUUGAGGGAAGAGAUUCAGCCCGGCGAUAUCGUCAUUAUUGAUCAGUUCAUCGACAGGACCACCAAAAGGCCUCAGACCUUCUAUGAUGGAAGUCAUUCCAGUACCAGAGGAGUAUGCCAUAUUCCCAUGGCUGAGCCGUUCUGCCCCAAAACGAGAGAGGUCCUCAUAGAGACUGCUAAAAAGUUAGGACUCCGGUGCCACUCAAAAGGCACAAUGGUCACAAUCGAGGGACCUCGUUUUAGCUCCCGGGCAGAAAGCUUUAUGUUUCGCACUUGGGGGGCAGAUGUUAUCAACAUGACCACAGUUCCAGAGGUGGUUCUCGCUAAGGAGGCUGGGAUUUGCUAUGCAAGUAUCGCCAUGGCAACAGAUUAUGACUGCUGGAAGGAGCAUGAGGAAGCGGUUUCAGUGGACCGGGUCUUAAAGACCCUGAAAGAAAAUGCCAAUAAAGCCAAAAGUUUACUCCUCACUACCAUACCUCAGAUAGGGUCCAUGGAAUGGUCAGAAACCCUCCAUAACCUGAAGAAUAUGGCCCAGUUUUCUGUUUUAUUACCAAGACAUUAAACGAGCACGGCUGCCUAGGAGACAAGAAGACUUUCUAAUUUCAGCCAUUUGAGAAAUUUCAGCUUAACUUGGAAAAAAUAUGGAAAAGACAUGCAGCUCUCAUGCCCUCACCUGUUAAGGAGAAGAACAUGAUAAGACAAGAAGACAUGCACGUAUCAGAGAUGCCUUCUAGAAGGCUUAGACUGCUUCAGAAAAUGACCAGUGAAUAUGUGGAAAAAUUCUGACACUUUAAGAAAAAAAAGAUUAGACCCCAUUUACCCUUCCCCCAGUAAAUUUGUAAUAAUAAAGGGUGGGAUGUAACAUCCAGUUGCCUAAUGUUACCAAGGAAAUAUGAGGAAGAAAUGGGAAUUCUCAGGCUAUUGAUUGGUGUGACUAAAUUUGUACAGUCUUUUUGGAGGGCAGUUUGUUAAAAUGUAUCAAAAGGCUUAAAGAUACUUAGACCAUUUGUGCUGGUUACUCCUAGGAAUUUAUCUUUAAAAAAUUAUCAGAGAUACAAAGAAUUAUGUAUACGGAAGGAUGUCUAAUAUACCAUUAGUUAUAAUAGUAAAUAUUCAGAACAAUCUGAAUAUCCAACAGUUGGAGGUAAAUUACGGCCUACCUCUAAUUGGAUUGUGGAGCAGCUGAGGAUCAUGUUUUCACAUAAUAUUUAAAGUCCUAAAGAAAUGGCUGCUCUAUAAUAUGAAAGGAAAAAAGAAUAUGUGCACACAUUUUCCAUUGCUAAUUUUGUUUUAAAGUUCUACAUUAAUGUACAAAAAGACCAGAAAUGGAUAUAUAACCUUUUGUUACUGUAUUUGGGGUUGGGUCACUGAAUCAUUUUAAUUUUCUAUUUUUCUGUGUCUUCA